AUGAUCAACAACAACUCUUUAAUUUUGGAGUACCACUUAUAUGAUACCAUUUAGUUGCUUAAGAAUAAUAAAUACAAAAAAUUUAUCAAUUUAAGCAGAAAAUUAGUUUGCAAUCCUUAUUUGGCAAAUGAUACAUUUUACAUUCAAUUAAAUAUCUAACUAAUAAGGAGAUUACUGUAUUGUCAACUCAAAGUCAUCAAGAAAUAUUUGUUGAAUUUUAGUUCGAAACAAUAAACUAUUUAAGAAGUUUUAAUAACUUGCAUGAGUUUGUGUUAAAAUUAUUAAAUUUUGCUUAAUAAAUAUGAGACUUCUUUUGAUGAGAAACAGAUCAAGGAAACACAGAUAUCUAGAAAACUUAAAUUCUUAAAUGAAUCAAAUAAAUUAACAAUCAAAUAAUUUGCAAAUUAAUUUGAUAAACUAGAACCAGACACCAAAUCAACAAUUUGGAUUAAAUAUUAAUGGUAGCAGCUCUUUUAUUAUUUUUAAAAGACCUUACUCUUUGAUUAUCUAUAUUGCAAGAUGUCUUUAUUAAAAGAGGCUUCACAUUUUCUGUUCAAGCUCCAAAAGUUAAAGCCUAUCUCGACAUUUUAAUCUUAAUUUUUAUAUUUUGAAAUUCUAACAUUAAAGAAUUCUGCCUAAUUUGAAUUAUCCAACACCACAACCAAUGAUGUAUUAGAGCAUGGAUUUCAAAUGUUAUUAAACUCUUUAAAGGAAUACCAUAAGCCAAAAUCAGAUUUAAUUAAUAUAUAAAAGUAAUUGAUAAAAGUAACAACAACAAUAUUGAUUAAUUUAGAUAUCUAGAGUAAAUCACAAGAAAUCAAUGAUAACCAUUUGGAUUGUAUUCAAUCUUUGAAUUUGGCUCACUUUUUAGCCUCUCAAAUUUUGAAACCUUUGAAAGUAAAGGCUGAAUUUAUUGAGUACAUAGACUCAGAAUUUGAAUUUACAAAUGAAAAAUUCGAGUAAAUUUUAUUGGAAGAAUAGGAUCUUACUAAAUUUACUUAAUUUCUUUAUGGACAUCAUGUCAAUUAAAAAUAGAAUACAAAAAUUAUAGGCAAUUCAAAACUCUAAGAAAUGAUUAAAUCAAAACUCUAAUAAAAUGCAUAGUUUUAAAAAGGCUUUAAAACGGUUAAUAGUAAUCAAUGUAUGUAUGUUUCACACAGUCAAGAUAAGCUGACAAUGCAAGAUUACUUACCUAUUAAAAUAAAAUCGUAUCAUCACAAGGAUUCAACUGCUUUUUCAAAUCCUUAUUCUUAAACUUCUAUAAAUCAUACCAUCUAAAUGAAUACACUUACUAAGGAAUCCCCUUCAACAAAAAGAGAAAGGAUAAACCAAAAUGCUCAUCCAAGUAGUUUCUUAAGUUUAAAUAAUGUGUCGGUUGUCAAGUAAAAUCAAGAAUAGCCUAAAAAACGUCAUGUCUCAGUAAAAUGUAAAAGAGUCAAUACAAACUCAGAUCAUAAGAAUAGUUACUUGAGUUAGUUGAUUAAUUUAAGAUAAAAAUCUAGUUUAACAAUAAGAGACGAAAUGAAUGAAUUAGAGAAAAAUCAUCAAAAAUUAUUAAACUAAUUGAAUAAUCAAUAGAAAUCAACUAAAGUAUCAACAAUAGACGAAUUCUUUAAUAAAAAAAUUGAAGCAAUUGCAUUUGAAGAGUGUCUGACUUUAGAUCAAAUUAAGGAUACUGCAAAGAAGAUCAUUUAGACUGAAUGGGAAAUUCAUAAGGAGAUGCCAGUAACGAAAAGUUUGAUGAAAUCUAUAUCGGCAUCUGACAUCCAAAAUGAACAGAAAUAGGCAGCAUACAAUAAACUUUAAGAGUAUAGAGAAAUAUAAAAUGUGGAUUAUUACAAUACAGAGAAGGAUCGAGCAUAAGAUUAAAUGUAAUAAACAAAAGAAGUUAGAAAACUCAAAAUGAAUUAAUAAAGAUUUUCAAUGAAACAUAGAAGUAGCUAAUAAAGUUUAUUUAAUUCUCAAUAGAUAAAAUCUUUAGUUUUAAAAGAUACUAAGAUUUAAGAAUAAUUUAGUUAGUAGAUCUUAUAAUAAUAAAAUUCAACUGAUUAGAGGAUUGAAGCCAAGGUGUCACCUAGGUUAUCAAGAAAAAAUAAUUCCAUGUUGUAUAAUUCAAAUUUAGAGUAGGAUAAUCGUUAAAAGGGGUUUACUUUAGUAAAGGGAUAGUUGAUAGAUUUAAUGAUAAAAAAUCUUGAAUAUAGAGAUGAAUUAAACACUCAAGAGAAAGAAUUAAAAUAAUUUGUAUUACCUAGACAAUUCAGAACAAAGGCGAUAUCUCCAUAAGGUGGUGAAUUCUCACUGAAAUCUCAGAAUAUGAGCGAUUUCAAAUCGUUUGCUUAUAGUACGAAUUCUACUUAGAUUACAUAGCAGAAUUUGGAAAAUAAAUUACAUAAGACACAAAAAUAAGGAUGA